AAAAACCCUUAACAUAUAGACAAUAAUAAAAAGAAAUAAAUUGUUGCAGACCGGAUAUUAUAAUUGUACAACGGCAAAAUCCUGGAAUGUUUGGAAAUAUAGCUGGGACAGCUGCAGGCGUAGCUGCGGGUACGGUCAUUGGUGAUAAAAUUUCUGGUCGUAAUGAACCUACCUCAUCUCAUGAUGUUGCAGUAAAUAAUUCCGUUAAUCCCUGUAGAUACGAAGAAGAACAAAUUUUAAAUUGCAUAAAGGAUCAAACGGAUUUGCAAGCUUGUGAAUUGAUUAAAAAAACGUUCAUGGAUUGUAAACAUAAAUACAAUAUUAAAUGAAGACAAAUGGUCGUUGCAUAUAUGAAGACAAGAGAAAAAUAA